AUGGUUUGCGCGGGGAAACCACUUGACCUACCAGCAGGCCCCAAAUCGCAAACCCACUGGAAUAAGCAAAGUCGGAGGAACUCUUUUUCAGCACUGGAAGAUUUGAAGUCUGGCAGGCCAUUGGAUGUUGUAAGCGCAACAAAGUUAGCGAAGGCCUGCGGUAAGGCAAAGAAGUGGGAAGCUGCCAUCUUCGUUUUCGAUACUCUCCGUUCUCGUCGCCUGGCCGAUGCCGUUCUACGCGGGGCCGUUGUCUCUGCUUGUGCAUCGUGUGCAGCAUGGCAAGCGACGCUGGACUUGUUGAAAGUCGGACUGGAUGUCGUCGCCUGCAGUUCGGCCAUCACAGCCUGUGAGCGAGGGCAGCAGUGGGAAAAAGCCAUUGGCUUGUUGAUGGAGAUGCGGAAGCAGGAAGUUCAGCCGAACGUCAUCACCUACAACGCUGCCAUGAGUGCCUGCGAAAAGGGCGACAGCUGGCAAACUGCCUUCGUCCUUUUUGCAGAGAUGGUUGAGCUGAAAGUCUCUCCCAGCGUUGUUUCGUAUGGUGCAGUGAUGGCGGCAUGCCGAAAAGCCUCUGCUUGGGAAAGAGCUCUAGACCUCGCCUGGGUCUUGGAUUCACCAAAUCGCGUCAUAUACAGCAGUGCCAUGGAGGCACUAUUGGAAGCUGAUCGAUGGCAGCUGGCCUUGGUCCUUUGGAACCAUGCCCAAACAACAGGAACAGAUGCAGCACUCAUGAGCUCUGCAAUGAGUGCUUGGGCUCAGGGAGGGAACUGGUCACAAGUGCAAGUAUUGCUGGAGGAGCUAAGAGAGAAGUCUAUGGCGGAUGGCAUGGCGUACACCAACGCAAUUAACUCCUGCGAGGCCUCCGGACAUUGGGAGCUGGCCCUGAGCUUUCUGCAAGCCUCGCAAGCCGCGGGCUCACGAGACUCGUUGGUUUGUAGCAGUUGCGCCUUGGCAGUUUUCGCUUCGGCGGCGGUGUGGCAAGUCGCCCUCCAAGUGCUGGACUCAUGGCAACUGUCCCAGGAUGCAGUUGCCUGUGGCGCGGCCCUACGCGCAUGUGGCAGGGCAGGGAAGUGGCAAGAGGUUUUGCAAUUGGUGCAACAGGCAGAGGAGAAUUGCAUCACCAGCACCAUUCUCUGCAAUGCUGCCAUCACAGCACAGCUUGCGACGCAAGUGCACAGUGGCAGAGGGCCCUGGCACUGCUUGCACACAUGA